GGCCGUUGUUUCCACGCCCGUUUCUGCUCUCCACCGGAGAGAAAGUCCCCCUCUCCCCCGCUAUAGGUUUACUAGUGGACUUUAUCGUGCGUGACUCCUAUAAAAUAACAGUUAAAGAGUGGGCUUGUGCUUUCUGCUGGCCAGCUUUGAGGACUGUCAUUUUUUUCCAGGGGUGGCAAUUUUCGAUUGGAGACUUUGGAUUGACCGCAACUGAAGCGUGUCGAAGACACGGAAAAUACUGUGGAGGGUGGUAGUCUCAAUUUUAAAAAAAUACAGAACAUGCUGGAAAUACUCAAGUCCGGCAGCAUAUACGACGUAAAAUAAUAAUCAUAAUCUGACAAGUUCCAGUUUCUUUGAUUUGAUCUAUCAUUUUCUAUUGGCCUUUUAAAAGGGGACACUUUCAUUAAGCCUAUUUCUGUGUGGGCUGCUCGACAUUGCUGGUAAACUAACGCGGUCUUCGUUGUUGAAUGUAAGGAAUGGAUUGGCUGCAAUGAAUUAACAGUGAGACUGCUCUUCCGCAGUUGAACUGAGUUACGCCAGCAGAGAGGCGCGGCCAGGACCUUGUGAGGGUACAAAUGCGAACCGAGCCCGCCACUUUCAAACAUUCCUAGCGCUGCUAACGAGAGACUGCAGAAUCACCAAGAAAGACCAUGGCUACUCCUCCAAAAAGAAUGUGUGUCAGUCCUGCUUUCGACGACAGCUUUGAAAAGAGAGCGAGGAAGGUUUCGAUUGAAGGAAACAUUGCUGCAGGGAAAUCCACUUUUGUUCAAAUUUUGGAAAAAGCCAGUGAUGAAUGGGAAGUCGUUCCUGAACCUAUUGCCAAAUGGUGUAAUGUACAAACAACAGAAGAUGAAUUCCAGGAACUUUCCACAUCCCAAAAGAGUGGUGGCAAUCUUCUCCAGAUGCUCUAUGACAAACCAAGUAGAUGGGCGUACACGUUUCAGACCUACGCUUGUCUGAGUCGGGUUCGGGCACAGCUUAAACCAUUCUGUGCCAAAAUUCAGGAAGCAGAACAUCCUGUACAAUUCUAUGAAAGAUCUCUAUACAGUGACAGGUAUGUAUUUGCCUCAAAUUUGUUUGAAUCUGGAAACCUUAAUGAAACGGAAUGGUCCAUUUACCAAGAUUGGCAUGGUUGGAUAUUAAACCAAUUUGGUUCACAAAUUGAGUUGGAUGCCAUGAUCUACCUCCGUGCAACCCCUGAAAAAUGCAUGGAACGCCUUCAUCUGAGGGGCAGGGAGGAGGAGCAAGGAAUUGAGAUGGAGUACCUUGAAAAACUGCAUUACAAACACGAAUGUUGGCUUCAUAGCCGGACAAUGAGGCUUGACUUUGAAUACUUGAAGGACAUCCCUAUCCUGGUGCUAGAUGUCAAUGAAGAUUUUAAAGAUGACAAGAUUAAACAAGAAGACAUUCUAGAUAAGGUGAAGGCAUUCUUGCAGACUUUAUAGUACAACGGAACAGACUACAAAUCUUCGCCUGAUAUUGCACUGAUUUUUGUUUUUAAACAUGUGGAAUUGGAAGCAAAUACCUGUAUUUGAAGAAUAUAAUUUGACUAUUUUGUACAGAUAAUGCAAGAAUAACUUAAAUAGCUACUUGUUAUGCAAAUGGAUCUGUAUUCCGUCCUAUGCUUGUUUGUGUUUCCUGUUUGCCUUUCUUUCCCUCAUCCAAACUACAUUGGCAAGGUAGUCAUGAAUGUCAAUCUAACAAGUAUGAUGUAACAAUGCCAAUUUCCUGCAAUGACGUGGCUACGAUUGUAAUGAGUUAAGAAUUCUGCACAGCCCAUGGUCUGGUGUGCUACUAUACUGUUAAUGAACUGGUGUUAGUAACUGAAUUGUGAAAUUAUUAUGCAUAUCAAACAGCCACAAAAGGUAAAUCAACCAUUGAGCUAUUUUGGUCAUACUUCUGUUGAAGGAUAACCUCUGUGAUGCUGCAUUUCCUUCGUGUUACAUGGAAACAUCGCUUGGAUUAAAGCUGAACUUCUUGAUUUAAUUAAACAGCCUUCUGACUCAGUGCUAUAUCUGAGCUUGGCCAGUUCUGUCUUUUGGAAACUGAUCUUUCAUGUGGAAAAACAAUAGAUCGUUUUCCUUCUCCAGGCUGAUAAGGCCCCCAUUUCUUGUGACUUGUUUUAAUUUCAGAUCUGAUCUACAAGUAUAUAAUAGCUCCAUCUUAUGUAUUCCUUAAUUUUUCACAUACCCACCCCCAGCCCCCACUACCAACAAUACUUCAGUUAUACACUUGUUCAUUUCUCUGCCUUUCAGUUGUCUUGAUGAAUAGAUUAAUUCAGUCACCAGCCAUCUCCUCUUUGUUCUUUUAAACAGAUUGGUUUAACCUUCCAAGACUUCACCUUUUUGUGCCCAUCAAUUUUGAUGAAAAUUUGUAAUGUUAACUUAUCUGCCGUGUAUUGCCAUUAUUUAUCUUAUUUCAGAUUUCUGCAUAUGUCAAAAUUUUCUCAAGACAGAAAAUUUUUCAGUAUUUUGGGAGUUGUGCUAUGUAAUUCUCUCCACCUUUUGCAAAGCAUUCUGUGGUUUGGGUUUAAUAUUUUGAUUGUUUUUUUUGCUUCCAACCACUGCAUUUUAUAGUAUCCCUUUCAAAGUGGGACUUUUACAAUUUCCACUUUAACAGGCACAAUUGCAGUGACAAAACUGCUCCUCCAUGAAUUGAUGGAGUAAUGUAAAUAGAUGUGAAUUAUAGAUUUAUAUUAACCAGUUAUUGCAGUUUUUAUACAGCACUUAUGAUUUCAGCCCAAAAUUCAAAUCCAUAUUUGCUUUCAAAUCCAUUUUUGUAUUUGCUGAAUGUGCUUUUUCUAUUUACUUCAAUAAAAAUAUAAAUCUCA